AAUAAACACAAAGGUGCUGGAGGCGGUCCGGGAAGGUGAGGCCGGGGCGCCCCCGCGCUGAUCCCGGCCUGCUUUUUGUUUUAAGUCAGAGGUGCUAAAUACCUCCCCCGCUGAGAUAAAAGAUGAUUAAUGCCUCGGAUUGACACGUUUAAUGGCCGCGGGGCGACUUGAGCCACUUCAUUAGGCUGAGCCGGGGGGCCGUGCUCGACACAACACGCGGGGCCAGAAAAGCGAACGCUGGCCUUGUUUUCGGGAGGUUCACCUUUGAAGUGGCUUGCGGGACAACUAGCGUCCUCUACAAAAGCAUGGAAAUUGGAUUAGCUCUCACUUGCUUCUUUUGACUCCGCAGCAGUGACAUUUAAGGCCGAAGCUCGUAUAAAUAACAAGAGGCGUUGGUGGGGCGAGAGGGACACUCUGGGUCUGGCGAGCUAAGGAGCAGGAUGAGGGAAGUGAGAGCCAUGCACGUAUCCCGACAAGGCCUCUUUCUGCUGUGCGCACUCCACAUGACACUGGCGACGGCGCUCAACAAACACAUGGACCACCGGAAUCUGUUCACGCAAAGGGUGUGUUGCAGGCGACAGAGUCACUUGGUCUACAUCGGUCAAGACAUCUCAGGCAGUCCCAUUAGUGUGGAUGUGGGCAUGUGCAGGCCGAACUGCGGAGGGGCAGCGGCCAGGCCACCUCACGCGGCCGGAGCGCAGGACCUUGCGCAACACGCAUCCAUGCUGGAGUUCCUCAGGAGCAAAAAACUGAGGAUGCGCGGGCCAGUCGCGGCGGAAGGCGUAAAGCCCCGCAAAACGACACUGUCCUCGUGCGGCGCGAACCACGCGUGCCAGCCGACGGGCCUGCGCGUGGACCGGGUGCUCCUGUUCGAGGGCCCCCGCGAAGUGGAGGUGAUACAGGAGUGCCACUGUGAGAUCCAGCCGGCUCAGUGCAUGCGCGUGCCCUCGCUGAGGACCUUCUACUCGGAGACGCCCUACGAGAGCGUCGUGGACGUGGGCGGGUGCUCGCAGUCCAAGGGCGCGCCAGAGGGAUUUUCCUGUGUGCCCACCAAAUUCAACUCGGCCCUGGUGGAGACCCCCAACAAAGUGGACAUGAUCCAGACGGUGGUGGUCUGCGAGCUGAAGGAGAGCUGCUACCGGGUCCCUUACGUGGAGUACUACUACGAAAUCGUGCAGCACGACGACGGCGUCAAGGAGGAGAGACUCAGGGAAGUGGACGUUGGCAGAUGUAUGGGACGCUGCACCGCAGGAAACCGAUGCCUUCUCAGGAGUCCGUCGGACCCCGAAAUCUGCCACUUGUGGGCCGACAAACAAUCCAACUUGUGUGUGCCUCAGGGAUACGAGCGCCACGCAUUCCUUAGCCAGCACGGCAAGAUUAGCGCCAUCCUGUCCAUCACGUCCUGCCACUGCCCCAACUGAACACUCACAAAGACACGGAGCCCCCUACUGGAUAGAAGUGCGCAUGACAUGCUCGCCAAGCCACCUCGUCCAUCUUUCGAACCGUCCC